GGAUUGGCUAUGCUAAUGUACACCAAGCGUGAAGCGUCCAACGGUUGUACGUCUGCUCUUACCGUAUUUCCGCAUGGCGACUUCAAAAUUCUCAUUCAAAUGUGACGCGAAAAUCCACAUCGCAAGCCUCAUUCACACACUACUAGACUACUGACCAAAUUGCUGAACAGUUACUAAGUUUGACUUGGACCGAAUUGCUCGCCUUAAGCCUUUUCUUAUCUUCCUCGAACACCGCGAGUUACACCAUGGCCGACGACCAGCCUCCUGCUGUUGAGGCAGUGCCUGCCGCUGAGGAAGACACAAAGCCGGAGGAGAAGAGCGCACCGUCGAAAAAGAAGAGCCUCGGUGGGCUGGACCCUGCACCCGUUAUUUCUGGCCCUCGUCAGCGCAAGAAGGCAGAGCACUAUGUAGUUGAGGUUAAGGAGAAGGCUGAAUUUAUUAUUAAGCAGGGCCGGGGAACGAAGCUUGGGGAGAUUCCAAAUGUCCACUACCUGCUCGGAAAGCUCAAAACCGACGACGAGGUCCUGACUGGCCUUCACAGCGUCCUGUACAAGCGCGUUGGGACGGCAAACCGGCGCAAGAAGAACCUGUACGAGUUCUCGGGCUUCACUUUCGAUGACGACGAGAAGGAGAUGGAGAAGGUUCAGGAGAGGCUGUCCAAAUGGACCAUCGCCUUGUUGAACAGCGCCCUCGACGUGUUCGAGCUGCCGCGCGGUGCCGGCGAGGAGGGCAAAAAGGAAGCCAAGGUGGAGCGGCUGCUAAAGUUCCUGGAGGAGCCCAAGAAGCUGUCGGAGAAGGAUCUGGCUGCGGAGGCCCUCAAGAAGAAGGAAAAGGAGAAGGCGAAGAAGGAGAAGGAGCAGAAGGCCAAGACGCCCAAGGCGACUCCCCGCAGCGCCAAGAAGGAGACUGGCAAGGAGUCUGCCAAGAAGAAGCGCGGCAAGAAGGAGGAGUCGGAGGAGGAGCCUGCUGAGGAGGAGCCUUCGCAGGAGGAGGAGGCGGAGGAGGAGGAGUCGGCCGAGGAGGAGGCGGAGCAGGAGCAGCCCAAGAAGCGGGCGAAGAAGGAGCCGGCCUCGGAGAAGAAGACUGCCCAGAAGAAGGCCACGCCGAAGCGGGCCUCAACGACCAAGAAGCGCAAGGCGCCCGAGGUUGAGGACGAGGAGGAGGAGGCCGCGGACCUGCCCAGCGAGGAGGAGGUGAAGACCGCAACCCUUGAGCUGCUCAAAGUUUCGGACGUGAACAAGACCACUGUGAAGGAUCUGCUGAACAAGCUGAAGGAGAAGUUCGGGAAGGACCUGGCGGCCAUGAAGCCCCUGGUGAAGCAGGUCGCGGUCACCUACGCCAAGUCCUACUCGGCGGGUGCCGAGGAGCCGGCUGCGGUGAAGGAGGAGGAGGCCAAGGGCGAUGGCGAGGCGGAGGCGGAGGAGGCGCGCCCGGCCAAGAAGCAGAAGACGGGCGCGGAGGAGCCUGAGACCUCCAAGGAGGCUGAGCAGGCACCCGAACCCAUGGAUGAGGAGGCGGCGGAGGGGAAGGAGGCUGAGGAGAGCAAAGAGGGCGAGGAUGCGAAGGAGGGCGAGGCCGAGGGGGAAAAGGAGGCGGAGGAGAAGGCAGCCGAGGACACCAAGCCGAAGGAGGAGGAGAAGACGGCUGAGGAUGGGGUGGCGGAAGAAGAGAAGGUGGCUGAGGAUGGGAAGGACGCGGAGGAGGAGAAGGAGGCGGCUGACGGUGAGGAGGCCAAGCCGGAGGAGGAGGCGAAGGCUGCUGAGCAGGCCAUGGAGACGGAGGCCACAGAAGCGAAGGAGCAGCCGGCGGAGAGCGCUGAGGGGGCGAAGGAUGUCCAGAUGGCUGAGGCGAAGGAGGAGGGGUCGAACUGAUUGUUGGGUUUCACUCCAUGUUGCUGCAUGCUUGCUACUUGCUGACGGUGCUUUACCACGGACGGUGCAUUCACCUAUGGCGUCAUGACGCUGACAUUUUUGCGGACUGUUGAGUGACUUGAGGACAUCAUGUCUGUUGUGUAUUGUCUACAACGUACGUUUAAUUGCAAAUGCAAUGGGCGGGGGAAGUGUGCAGCUGGCGUGUACUCUGCUGUGAUGUGUGUCUAUUAUGUGCAUGUAUGCGUUGAAGCUGCCAAUCUGCAGUUCCAGCCAAGCGCUGUUGACAUCUUGACAGCCUGUAACGAAUGCCAUAGUCACAACACUGUGAGGUGUAAGCCAUGAAUCC